GUCAGGAGGAGAAGCCGGCCAGAGCAGCUGAGCCAGGCAGCCCAGAGCAGCAGCAGCAGGUGGGGGGUCUCUCUCCGCUGCCCUCCUCGGAACAGCAGCAACACCCCCCGAACACCUGCAACAGAGGGAGGACCAGCCGGCUUCCCUUUCCGCAGGCUGACAGCAGCUGCAGCCUCCUCAGCCUUCCCUUGGAGCAGCAGCAGCAGCUGGACGGAGCAGGUCCCUGAGAGCAUCCUUCAUCCCUGCCUCCUCUCUCCCUUAGGGGCCACUCGCAUCCCUCUCCCUUCACCACCAGCAUCUCCCUGGCGCACGAUCAGCAUCCUCCCACCCUUGGGUACCACUAACAUACCCCCUCCCUUAGCUACCACUAAGAUUCUCCAUCCCUUGAGUACCACCAGCAUUCUCUCUCCCUUUAACAGUAGCAUCCUUGAGUCCUUGGGUAUCAGCAGUAUCCUUUCUCUCUUGGGUACCACUAGCAUCCUCUCUCCUUUGGGUACCACCACCCUUUUUCUCUUGGGUACCAUAGCAGCCUCUCCCCCUUGGGCACCUCUCCUCUCUCCCUUCAUCACCAGCAUCCUCUCUCCCUUUCCCAGCCUGAUCUCCCCUGCUCUUUCCAUCCUCAGUAGCAUCUUCUCCCUCCUCCUCCCUGGGUCCCAUUGCCUUCUCCCUCUCCUCCUCGUCCUCCUCUGGGCAGCCCAUUUCUCACCUCCUUGAGGCCCCUCCACAGCAGCCAAGACGCCGCGGGCUGUGCUCCGAGUGAAGAAUGGGACGUCGAAGCUGGCCAAGCCUCAGGCGGCGGCCGAAGCCCCCGGAGGCGGCGGGGGCAGUAGCAGCAGCAGCUCAGGGCUUUUUAUGGAGCGAUCCCAGAGCCGCCUCAGCCUCUCUGCCUCCUUCGAGGCCUUGGCCAUUUACUUCCCUUGCAUGAACAGCUUCGAUGAGGAAGAUGCAGAAGAUGGCCGUAAACUCAAAGGUGCAAUCCAGCGGAGCACCGAAACUGGCCUGGCGGUUGAAAUGCCAAGCCGAACCAUUCGACAAGCUAGCCAUGAAUCCAUUGAGGAAAGCAUGAACAGCUAUGGAUCAGAAGGAAACUUGAAUUUCAGUGGUGUUCAUCUAGCAUCUGCUGGACAGUUUAGUGAUUUCCUGGGGAGCAUGGGACCUGCACAGUUUGUGGGACGCCAGACCUUGGCCACUACCUCCAUGGGGGAUGUGGAAAUCGGCUUACAGGAACGAAAUGGACAACUGGAAGUAGAUAUCAUUCAAGCCAGAGGGUUAACCCCAAAACCUGGCUCCAAAACCCUUCCAGCUGCUUACAUCAAGGCCUAUCUACUAGAAAAUGGAGUGUGCAUUGCAAAGAAGAAGACCAAAGUGGCACGGAAAUCCUUAGAUCCGCUGUAUAAUCAAGUGUUACUUUUCCCAGAGAGCCCACAAGGCAAAGUACUGCAGGUGAUUGUUUGGGGAAACUACGGACGCAUGGAACGCAAACAGUUCAUGGGAGUUGCCCGUGUUCUUUUGGAAGAACUGGACUUGUCAAGUUUGGCAGUUGGGUGGUACAAGCUUUUCCCAACAUCAUCAAUGGUGGAUCCUGCUACUGCUCCAUUGUUGCGUCAGUCCUCACAGCUUUCUUUGGAGAGCACAGUAGGACCUUGCUGUGAUAGGUCUUAAUGAGCAAGGAAGUACUGAGAGACUGCUUCUGUUUUUAAAAUCAUGCUGUCAAGGUUUUGUUUGCCAGAACGCUGUCCUCAGGCACAUUGCAUCUUCAAUCUGUUCUUGAGGGAGCCUGAAGGUGAGGAUAGCCAAGUAACCUUGGGCAGAAAACAAGAUUGAGACCAGUGACCUUUCUACACCCGAGUAGGAGGAGCAACAGGGCAUGAAUCCUAAUUGUGGAAUGACAUACACAAGACACACCUUUUUUUGUUUCUGUUUUCCACUGUCAUCCAUGCAUCCUUGCUUCAGAGCAACAUGAAAGCUUGAAAAGUUGCAGCAACUUUUUAAAAUUGGGGAUGGUGUUUUUGUUUUCAUCUCUUAGUGCUAUUUUACAAAUUUGAAAAAGAGGACUUUUGGCAAUUCUUAAAUAUUGAAAAACAAAUAUCUGACCUAAAAGAAAAUAGCAGUUUCAGGGAAAACUAUGGGUUUUGUAAACUGUUUUUGUUUCCUUUUAGAGGUGGGGUGGGGUGAGGGAAGGUUCUGCAACAAUCUCUUUAGAACAAGUUCCAUAGUUCUAUUUGAUAUACAAAUACUGUUGCUGGAUUUUUUUACACUGUGCCAAAUUACCAGCAGUGUCUUCUACUACAGGACUUAGGCCAACAAUAUUACAGAAGCAUUUUUGCUGGAAGAACUGACUAAUUACAAUAGUCAGUUCUAAUACAAAGAUCAUAGCGAGUAGCUGGAAAGUUGCACAGAGAAAAUUGCUGAAAACAAAUGAGAAAUCUUGCAAAAAUGAGAUUUGCUAGUGCUAGCCCAUUGUUAGAUAUGAAUGUUUUACACACAGACCAUAACAAGCUCCAGCUUUUGCCUCCUCUUGUUUUCAUGCUCCCACAUUCAAAUAAUCAAGCUUUGUAUUUUCUGCUGCGUAUCUUGUGAUAUGCCACAUUCCUUUGCAGUACAGAUUGGUUUGAGGUAGCAAUAUGUUAUUCUACCAUUGCAAAUAGAAUUAUAAUUAUAAAGGUUGCAUUUUCUUUUUUAGAAAAGGGAAAUCUCAGAAGGUGAUAUUCUACUUGUCACCUGGGAGGUAUGCACAUGAGAUCUUGUAAUCCUCACACACAAAGGAAAGGAAUGAUGCAUCAAUGCAGCUUUAUUUAAUAUACAAUUGAAGUGAGCAACAUGAAGGAGGUGAAGGGGGAGCUGGGUUUUCAAAAGCUCAGGCCCAGAAGGCAGUUAAAAGCUUAGAAGGGUAUUUUCACAUGACAUUAAUGGCACUUUUUAACUCCUUGCAAUGUGAAUGAGUAUAACAGUUUUAAAUGAGUGGAAGGGAGGGGUUAACAUUGAUAUCUCAUAUGGCAUUAUGUUUGUACGUGUAUCCCUGUUUAAUAUAUGUGUAUAACAUAUGCAGGGACGUGUUGUGCCCAUGUUGCAUUACUGAUCUCCAUCUACCAUAAUUAAUCAUAGAGUUGAAUACAUUUUGGAUUCAUUAAAUAAGGGCGUGUCUUCUACUGCACUAACAAGAAGGGUGUAGGAUGAUUCAGUGGGUUAAAAGCCUUACUUUUGAAUACAGUUCAACAUAAAUCUGCUGGAAGGGUAAUGACCAUCAUCAAAGGAUUUCAGGUGGCAAACAUGACUUUCAAAGUCACUCAUGCCAGUGUCCUGGUCACUGAAGAUGGACUUUUGGGAAGAUAUUUAAAUGCAAAAAAAGAGAGGAAUUCUGUAAAUAUUUUAUGUUAAUCUAUAAAAAGAUAGGUAUAUAUGUAUAUAUAGUCUGCAUAGAGCUGUGAAGACACCAGUUGUCAACAGAAAAAUUCACAUGUGUUAGAGUAGUUGAGUGAUUCAUUUGAUAGAGCCAAAUGCAUGGAUGAAGUAAAACAGUGUACCUGGGCACAGCUGUAUCUGAAGGCUCUCAGAAGAGUGAUUUUAUAAAGUACCAUAGGCCAAGAUGCUCUAUUUCUAUUUAAAUCUACCUUUGUACAUGAUUAGAUGUUUCUUUUUAUUCUCAUUUCUAGCCAAGAUCUUUAAUAUUGCUAUCUCAAAUCUUGUUUUUCCUCUUUGAAUGCUAAAGGCAGAUUUUGUUUGACACAUCCUGUACUAACAUUUAGGAACCAUCUAGAAAUGGCUUCCUGUCUUGUUAUUACAGCACAAAGUAAUAACAAGAUUUCUACAUGACCUAUGAACUAAGCAUGGCUAAAGCAUGGCUUGCUAUAGAAUGAAACGUAGACCGUCAUAUGUUAUAGAUAGCAUUUUUAACAGUUUGGGACAUUAUGACUGAAAUUAGGCUCAAUAGUAAUGAGCUAUGCUAGAGGUAACCUAAUAUAGAUAAUAGAAUAAGGAAAUACUAGACAUUUUAAGUCUAGUAAAGUCAUAGACACUCCAGAGUUUUAGCCUAAUUAUCCUAAUUUCCUCUAUGCCUGUGAUUUCCAUAUAAUUCUUUUUCCAACUCAUAUUAAGAAUUUUUCUGCAUAUGGACUAAUGAAAGGUAGUUGCAUGCUAGUCAAAAUAUGUUGUGACUCUUUGGAUUUUUUUUAAAGCAAUCUAAUUGUACUUCCAGCGGCCACCUCUUCAUAUUUGUGCAUAGUUGGUAUUAGGCAGUAUUGUACAAUACAACGAUGAACUAAAAUAGACUGGAUUAGAUUUGGUGGUUGCUGGUAGCCAUCAACAUUUUUAAUCACUUUGUCUUUAAAUGAACUAUGGAGAGAAGCAAACACAUUCCAGACUGGAAACUGAACUGUAGGUGUUCAUAUUGUUCAAAGAUUUGUAUGUUGUUUAAACCAAUUAUGUUUUGUAGGUAUCUUGCAGUUAGUUGUCCAUUCUUCCUCCAAUGUUGAUAGGGGAAACAGGAGUAAAACUGCUGAAAUAUAUCCCUGCUGUCAUAACCUGAUGGUACAGCACAACAAUAGACUUAGUUUUGAAAUGGCUGGAAAUUUUGAAAUAGUAGGGAUUGGUGGUCUCCAGAAUUAGGAGGUCCCAUUGGGCUGAUUCAAACACAUUUCUAAAAUGUGGAUAAACAGAGAAAUAACUGGGUUUGAAUAAAAAUGCACAGAAUGAAAGAGAUCAGCUGAAAGCCACUUUGAAUUUAUUUUCAAAAAUUAUCAAAAUAUCAACACAUUUCAAUCUCUAGUACAUACCCUCCAACGUUUCACAGAUUAAAACUGGCACAUGUACAUGGCAAAAGUAAUCAGCCAACAUUUUACUUUUUCCAGAGGCUACUGGGAAGGGCAUGAUUCUUCCCCUUCUUCCCUUGCCUCCAGUGAGUGGAGUGUAGACUGCUUUUUUUCCAGUAGCCUCUGGAAAAAGCAAAAUGUUUCAAUCCAAUUUGCACCAACUGCAGUAAACUGAUGACAAAAGGGAAGGUCACAGGAGGAGAGAUAAUCUGGGACAUUUUAAAAGCAGAUGAAAAAGGUGGGAAGACGGAGGAUUAAUCAGGACAGAACCUGCCAGAUUGGGACAGUUGGAGGGUAUGAUGCUGACUUUAAAAUCAGAUUUUUAAAAUAUAUUUGUACAUCAUGCUUUAACCAGUUGGUUCUGAGGAGAAUUAGCGAUGAUAUAAAUGACAACAAAAACUAGACAAAAUCAUAUAAAAAUCAGAUAAAACAGGCCCAGUAAGAACAACAGUUAAAAGUAGCAAAUUAAGAUGUUUUAAAUUCAGAUGUGAAAACUUGAAAAGGAUAGGGCAAUUAAAAAGAAAGUCGUUGCUUGGUAUUGAAAGUAUAGAGAAGUAGGUACCAGGUUAACCUUUCUGAGAAGAGAGUUCUUUAAAUGGGGCUGUCAUGGACCAGACCAGCCUUGUCACAUGAGGGUUGGCUGAGAUUGGACAAAAGAGAGUCUGGAGUCCUUUGCAUGAAGGCUUUUAUGCCCCUAGGAAUUCUGCCACUGUCAUCAGGAGAUGCCUUUAUUUGUGAGGGACAGCAAUGCAGCCCCAAACUUUUUAUUCCACAAAUCUUUCCUCUUUUUCGCUGAGCAGUAAGUCUUUAGGCAUGGGGUAGGCAACCAGUAACCACAAGCCACAGCAAUACAGCAUUAACUUUUUAAAAGGUUAACUAAUUUAAUGUAAAAAACAAAAACAACAAAACUUAUCUUUUUCUAGAGCCGACAAUUAUAUCCUGAAAGGAGAACAAAAAGUGUGUUUCCAUUAACAGUAAAUCUCAAAUGGGCAACAGAAAAACAAAUGAAGAAUAAAUGGAUUCCUCUAAAGACUUUAUCACACGAGGUGUUUGCCAGUAAAAGCUGAAAUUAAAAAGGCAUUUUCCCGGCAAAGUCCCAAGAUAGCA